UAUACCAGUCCGGUGUUUCUAUGCAGCGGGUGACUCUAGGAGCUUUUUCAAAUAUUUAUGACUUAUGGUUAUGGCUACUAGCAGCACCGCGGCGGCCGCAGAGCCUCCUGGGUUAGAAACACAGCGGCGAGAAAUCGAGAGUUUAAUCCAGAACCAGGAGCUCCGGCUCGGGGACUGCUGGUAUCUGGUGGGCAGAAGAUGGUUCGGGUUGUGGAACGAGUACGUGAAGAGCGGCGAUCAGAACUCCCCGUCAUUUCCUGGAAAGAUCGAUAAUACAGACCUGUUUGAUGAUUUGGACUCGUACAGGCUGAAAGAGAGGCUGGUAGAAAGCGAGGACUUCAUCCUGGUCCCAGCAGAAGCCUGGCGUAAACUGCUGUCAUGGUACGGCAUGGUGGAUGACCAGCCUGCUCUUGAAAGAAAGGUCAUCGAUCUUCCCAGUACACUGAAAGUUGAGAUCUAUCCUGUGGAAAUCUUCCUGUGUCUGCACAGUGACAUGGACAGCAUGGUAACGGCCCAGUUCAGCCGAGCAGACACCAUACUCAGCAUUCAGAAGGUUAUACAGAGGGAGUUUGAGGUAGCGGAGGACGCUGAACCACGGCUGUGGAUGAAAAGCUCUGAUAACAACUGCGAGAGGCUACGAAACCUCCACAUGACUGUGCUGGAUGCUUGUCUGAACACGGGCAUGACAGUGAUCAUGGAGAUGAGGAAUGCAGAUGGCACAUGGCCCAGCUCCAGACCUCAGAUCAUGAGGAACUCUAUGGAGGAGCAGGACAUGUACCGAGGGCAGCCUGGAGUGUGUGGUCUCACUAACUUGGGCAACACCUGCUUCAUGAACUCUGCUCUACAGUGUCUGAGCAACACACCCCCGCUGACGGAGUACUUCCUGAGAAACCUGUACCUAGACGAGCUGAACUUCACUAACCCUCUGGGCAUGAAGGGUGAGAUCGCAGAGGCCUACGCCGACGUCAUCAAGCAGAUGUGGUCAGGGAGACACUAUUCUGUAGUGCCACGUGUUUUUAAAACCAAGGUGGGCCAUUUUGCAUCCCAGUUCCUGGGUUACCAGCAGCACGACUCCCAGGAGCUUCUGUCCUUCUUGCUGGACGGCCUGCAUGAGGACCUGAACCGCGUCAAGAACAAAGAGUACAUUGAGCUCAAGGACGCAGACGGCAGACCAGACCAGGAAGUGGCAGAUGAGGCAUGGUGUAACCACAGGCGACGGAACGACUCUGUGAUCGUGGACACGUUUCACGGCCUCUUUAAAUCCACACUGGUCUGCCCUGAGUGCAAAAAGGUGUCUGUGACCUUUGACCCUUUCUGCUACUUGAGUGUUCCCCUGCCAGUCAGCAAGGAGAGGGUCAUGGAGGUGUUCUUUGUUUCCCUCGACCCGCUGGCCAAACCUGUGCAGUACAGAGUGGUUGUGCCCAAAGCUGGCCGAGUGAUGGACAUAUGCACUGCUCUGUCUCAAGCCACCGCUAUCUCAGCAGAAAAGAUGGUAGUGGCAGAUGUAUUCAACCAUCGCUUCUACAAGAUUUAUCACGCUGAUGAGUCUCUCAGCCUUAUACUGGACAGAGAUGACAUCUUUGUGUACGAGCUGAACAGCACCGGCACUGUGGAUCAGGAUGAGGAGGAGGUGCUGCUGGCUGUGUACAUGCGGGAACGCUCCAACUACAGAGACUACAGCUCAGGGGGAAACAACUACAGCACGUCACUGUUCGGCCACCCGCUGCUAAUGGCUGUGCCUCGUGCACAGUGCACCAGAGACGCCCUUUACCAGCUCUUUCUCCAGCGCCUCAUACGAUAUGUGCAUCAGCCAGACUCGACAGAGGAAGUGGAGGAGGAAGAGGAAGAGGAAAACGGUAGCGAAGAGAAUGACGAAGAAGAUGAGAUAUACAAAAAUCAGACCAAUGGACUGAGUGGUGAUGAGGCUGAGGAACAGUCUGAGGAGGCAGGGCCAUCCAAGACAGGAGAGCCUCCUCAGCAGAACAGCACCCAGUCAGAAGCGAGCCCCAGCAGCGAAGGAGAGGAGAAAGUGGAGGAUGAGGAGUCGAACAGCGAAGCCGACAGGGGCAGCAGCACAGAGGAGGGCCAAUCAGCAUGCGGCAGCACGGACAACAACUCCCAAGAUGCAGGAGACGGGGAACAGGCUGCUGCAGCAGAAACUUCUGGGAAAGAGGAUGAGGAUGGAGAAGAGGAUGACGGAGAGUGUGGUGAGCCCGUUGCUCAGGCGAAGAAGACGAGUAGACGGUGUUGUGCUGAGAAAAGAAAGAAGCCGCUCUUCACUAUACAGGCUGUGAACUCCAACGGCACCACAGAUCGAGGCAUUGGGGACGGAAACAGCACACUUUCCUUCAACAAUCAGCUGUAUGUGGCCAUUGACUGGGACCCUGACAUGAAAAAGAAAUAUUACGAUGACACCGAGGCAGAGAAAUAUGUCAAGGACAAGAGCAUGGACAUCCCACAGCAGCAGACCACAGUGCAUCUGCAGGAGUGUAUCGAACUCUUCACCACUGUGGAGACACUCGAGGAAGAAAAUCCCUGGUACUGUCCAACGUGUAAGAAGCACCAGCUCGCCACUAAGAAGCUGGAUCUGUGGUCUCUUCCUGAGGUUCUCAUCAUCCACCUGAAACGCUUCUCCUACACCAAGUACUCCCGUGAGAAGCUGGACACCAUCGUCGACUUCCCUCUCCGAAAGCUGGACUUCUCCGACUGCCUCUUGAGGAAGACAGGGAGAGACUCAGAGCCUCCCAGCAGAUACGACCUCAUCGGCGUGUCUAACCACUACGGCGGGCUCAGAGACGGACAUUAUACCAGCUACGCUCGGAACAAGGACAACGGCCAGUGGUAUUAUUUUGACGACAGUAAGGUGACCUACGCAAAAGAAGAACAAAUUGUGACCAACGCUGCCUACCUUCUGUUCUACCAGCGCCAAGACAAGAUCCGGCACCCCACCCUCGCCCCGCCUGACAAUCACGUCGCUUCCACCAAUCACGACGGACCGGGCGGGGCCAUGGAGAUAGACUGACACAGCUCUGUUUAUUUGUUUGUUUAUUUGUUUUCCUCCUUUCUUUCUUUCUUGCAUUCCAUCCUUCCAACUCCCUCAAUAUAUCUCCGUUCUCUCCUCCUCUCAGGUUAAUGAGGGAAUGUUUUUAAUUCCUUUUUUUUUUUUUUUUUGUGCAAAGAAAAAAAAACUUGAAUCUUCUGCCUUUUCAUUACCCAGGACAGGAAGUGAGAGGCAGAGGCUAGUGUCUCAGGCUGGUGCAGAGGCAUCAUGGGUAAAGGCUGUAGUUAUUCCUUCACGAGAAGCUGCAGGAACAAGUUCGUCUAGUCGAGGCAAUUUCAGAUAUGUGCUUCAGUUUGAUGCUGGCUUGAGAAUCUGCGUUGCUCUGGAGUGCAGCCAAGCGUUUGUGAACUUUGCGUCACUUGCUGCUUCUUCUGAAUUUCAGAGCGCGAUACGCUGCUUUUUUUCCCCUCAUGCAUGAUUUACACCUUUUGUUCAUAAAUAUGUAGAGCUGUCACAGGUAAAAGAGCUGCACUCUCACUUUAUACCUUUUAGCACACAAUAUUUAGACACAUAGAUGUCCUCGUUUUACCUGAUUGUACUAAAACUUCAAUUUUCAUUACAUUAAAGGAGUACUCCAGACUUUUCAACCUAAACUCUUAAAUUUAUCACAUUUGAAGUGUAUGAACGAUUAUUAAGAAACAAUCAUUGCAACACCUCUCGCUGUACUAGCUGUAAACUGGUUUACCUCAACCUGACUUAUAACCGAAGUCUAAGGGCAGUUGUUGAACUGUAAAAUACGAGACGAUAGAAACCGCGGCGGUUAGACUCUAAGAAUAAAGGAUUUAAAACGAGACGCAUGACUGAACGUCUUAUCGAAGCUGUUCUUGUGGAGAUUUAUCCACCUUUAAACACUGGAGCAAUAUAGUAAAAAGCUGCUCGGAUGGUUUACACUUUCCGGAAGGUUUUGCAAUCUCUGUGCACCAUUAGGUGGAAACUGAGGCACUGCGACCUUUUUACUAACAACACUUUUAUUUUACCGACACCUUUGACAAAGUAAUCCAUAAAAGCGCUUUACAGAAACAGUGUUUCUCAUAAAUGUUUCUUGAUGCCACAACAACUGCCCUUAGACUUCCAUUACAAGUGAGUUUUGGGUCAACAUGUCGUAAACAAGGGAACAUUUUGAAAUUGUUUGUAGUAAUCACACAUGCGUUACAGAUGCAGUGAGUAGAAAUUAGUUUUUAAAAAAAAAAAAAAAAAACUCUGGAGUAUCUAUUUAAUCUGUGUUUAGUGUAUUAGGUUUCAGCAUUUAGUGGCUUUUGAUUCCUUUCCAGCUAAAUGCUACUGGAGUACUGGAGCCAGACGUUUUAAAGAUACCAGCAUCACCUUAGAUUCUUCUCCAAAGCUAUGCUUCAGACUUGGAUGAAAAGACAUGUCUAGUUGUACCCUCUUUUUACAAAUUAAUCAUUUAACUACACACUCUUUGGACCUAAGGGUUUAUCUAUAAAGCUAAAACGAAUGCCUAGCUUCAGACACAUAUCAAGCCUCGUUUUAAACUGAGUGACACUGUAAAUCUUUUCAAGGUGUAAAUUGGGUUUAGCAGGAAAUAGGAUUUAUUUAUGACAUCCUUUAAAUUCUGUGCAACCAAAAUGACCCUGGACAUCUUUUUAAAAGCUUUUGGCUUCAGACUGUGUAUCUGUAACCUCAGUGCUUUUGCUUUGGCAUGGUUUUGAUUUUGCAGAUGGAGACUGAGUACAUCACACAGGUUAUCAUGCUAGUAUGGCUAAUAACAAUGAACAAAAGCUACUAGACAAGUGCCACUUAGCCCUCCAUUACUAAUAUUUUAUGAGCUGUAGCUAAAGUUAAAACACAUUAGGCCUACGUUUAAUUUGACUUAUAGUGUCAGGCCAAAUGUUUUGAGGGAAAACAUCAAAUGCUGGGCUUAAUUUGUGUCUGCAGAAAAGCUGGCACUCAGUUCAUACUGAAUAUGUAAUUACUCUUAAUUCCUGUCCACCAAAAAUGACUUUGUCCUCAAUUUAGAGAGGCUUUAUAACGAUUUUAGCUACAGACUGUGUCUCUGUAACCUCCGUGCUUUUUCUCUGGGUUGAUUUCGCAGACACAGGCGAUCGAAAGCGCUUCACACAUUCAUGCUAACAUGGCAGUGAACAGGCGUUACUGUGGAACUGUGUAGCAUGCUAAUUAGUGUUCAUUCGCUAAUGUUGGAGUUAAAAGGCUGUAGAUUUCCUUUAAAUCUGCCCUUCCCUGAUUUAUACGUAAUUUAGGGCCAGUUUGUGUGUUUUAAAAUUUCGGCUCUGUGUUUGUCUUUGCUUAUGUGCACUAUAUAGGGUAUAGGGAAGAAUGAUGCAGCCUUUGCAGUGUGUUUUAAGUAGAGCGCCAUCUGAGAUUAAUUUUCAGUUUAAACAAAAAAAAAAGAGGGACCAAAAAGACCAGACAGACUGAUGGAUCAUCAGAACUGUGGAUCUUGGGUCAGUUUUUCCAGGAAACUUUUUUUUUUUUUUUUAAUUUCAACCAAAAAGCUACCUUUGCUAAUAAUGAAUAAAACGUAGAGUUCAGUCAGCGUUGCGCGUGACAUCACGGCUGUGUUGUCGUUUUAUUCACCGUUAGCCACGUUAGCAUUUUCACCUGAACGUUUCUUUUUCUCUCGGUGAUAUCAGGGAUAUAUGUCAGAAACUGUUGCAAUAAAAGUUCUGUGAAAAUUCGUAAAGUAUUUUUUAGGCGAAUGUAAGAAAACAACUUUGCAUAGUCUCACUCGUGAUCUAUUUAUUUUUCUUAACUGCCGAGUGACUGAUUCACGUCGUCGAAGCUUCGAUCUUCCAUAACUGUGUUUUUUUUUUUUUUUCCUCCUGUUCUCGUUAUCUUUGAUCGUUUUGGAAAAGACGCUCUGUUGCAGGACACAAACAGAGAAGAGAUCUAUUUUUCAGCAAGACGUUGUAUUUUAAGCACAGACAGAUUUAACAGGAUAUAAAUAUUAUUGACUUUUCAUCAUUUGUGUGCAAUUUCUAUUGAACUCCUUGGAGCGAUGAGAAUGUUGUUUGGUUGUGUUUUUUUUGUAAAAGUGCUUUCUGGAUAGAGCUCUUAAUGAUUUUUAAAAUGCAUCUGUACAGUAUUUUUGUAUUGUAAUAAAUAUCUUUGAUUAUUGCAGAUUGAAUGCAGGGACAGGGUGAGCUUUUAUUUUACUUUAAGAGAUGGAAUAUAUAAUUGUAUACUUCAAUUUUGAUAUGAAUAAAUGAGAACUGUAUAUUAGUGAAAUUUUAUAUUUGUGCACUGUACGAAUUUGACUUUCAUCACCUCAUGUACUUGUGACGUAUAAUCAGGGGUUUUUAUAAAGAAGCUACAUUACAGCAAAACCUUCAGCAUGUCCCUUAACUACACACUGUUAAGAUUUUUGGAUUUCAAAAUUACUUGUUGAAAUUUUUGAAUCUGCUUCUACAGCGAACGUAUUUGUACUUUAAUCAACAUCACUGCAUUUUUCACAUCACUCUGUCUUUCGUAUUUACAUGUUGAAUGAAUACGUCAAGCCAUGAUUUUUUUUAAAAAUGAUUUCCUGGUCCUGGACAUUGUACAUUUUAUCCGUUUAUAGUUACAUUUAAUGUUGUGGAAUGUCUGCGAUACAACACAGGAUAAACAGUCGUUCCCAUUACUUUCUCUUGAAGUUAAUAAGAAAAAUAAAUGCAGCUCGUUUUCAGAGAAACUACAAAAUGCAGCAUUACAAAGUUCCAGUUUUACCUCUGAGUGUUACAAAGCGCUUGGCACUGGAGACUCCUUCCAAAAAUGUUAAAUAAACAUCUCCUUGCUGAAAACUUCA